AUGGCACGCUCUCUAAUGUCCUGGUGGAAGGACGACCUUGCCCGAAAUACCUAUGUCUACACCAAUUUCCUCAUCGGCAUACCCUUCUACUUGUUCGGAACCUAUAGUGUUUACCAGAUUCAAGUCACGGGGUUCAUGAUUGGUACUGAUGGUCAAGGGGGACCAUGUAUGGAAUACUGCAUCGUGCCGUUUGGCAAUGGUCAACUUGAUCUGAAUUCUGUCUUACUAUACAUGAACGCAAUGACAUUUGGUAUCGGAGGCUUCGUCGUCAUUUUCAUCGUUGCCUACGCAGAUUACUGGAGGAGGAAGACACUCCUGACCACCGCCAUGAUGGUCCUCUAUGGGAUCUUUGUGACCCCCGCUUACUGGCUGAAGAAUUACACAAAAACCGAUUUCAACUCGCUGAUCGCCCUGUGGGUGAUGUUUGGGCUUCUCACAUUCAUCUUCAUGGCCCUCCUCAAUAUCUACAUCCCUCAUUGUAUGCGAAUUGUUGAAGAGAACGCAGAUCCAAGCGAGCAGCGUGUUGAGGAUACCAAUCAGAUCACCAGUGAAACCAAGGGCCAAAAAUAUGGAUUCGUCAUGUCAAUCUUUGGGCAGGUAGCCAGUUCUGUCUCGGGGGUCUUGAUGCUCAUCAUCGUCAUCAUUCUCACCGUCACACUGCCGACCGAAUCGGGUCAGAAUGCAGGCCUCAUUGUCACGACUGUUUCAGGCUUCGUCACCAUAGUGGGCUCCGUGGUCUGUUACUAUGGAUUGCCUGAGCUUCCGACCAAGACGUUGCCACCUGGCCAUAGCUGGAAAUGGGUGUUGUUGGAGCUAAUCUUACCCUUCAGAGAUCUCUUGCUUCGCAGGAAAAACAUGUUGUUUCUCCUCGUGGGUUACACCGUAUAUACCGACUCUCUGUUUGCCCUGAGCUCAGUCACUGGACAACUCUUCUAUGUUGAGAUCAAGCCGAGUACAUUGGAAUACUCUCUCUACUCCAUUGCCGGGCCCAUAAUGCUUGGAGUAUGUACCAUUGUGUUCUACUACUUGCAACGUUGGGCUAGGUGGAAUCUGGAGAAAUGUUUGAUCGCAGGCUAUUUCCUGAUUCUGAUAGUCCCCAUUUGGGGGUGUAUCGGUCUUUCAAGUGUCGAUUUUGGUCUCAAGAAUCGCUGGGAGUUCUAUGUUGCACUUCUUGUCAACUUCAUCUCUCAAGCCCUCGCCAACUCGACAUGGAGGAUUUUGUACGCAGAACUGGUGCCAAAGGGAGAAGAAAUGACCUGGUUCGGGCUCCAAAUUGUCCUGAGUUGUUCCACGACCUGGAUAUCCUACGUUGCGAACGGACCGUUGCAGAACGCAACACACCAGUUACGUUUCCCAUUAGUACUGUGCCUGAUCUUUUUGUUGGUACCAGUGGUCCUCGAGUGUUUUCGAGCCACCUUGCCAGUGUUCAAGAAGGAUAAAGCGCGAUGGCAGGCAGAGGAUAAGUUUGUCGGCGGAACUGCUUCACCAGUGGCAGAAACGCCUGCAAAGGGAUUCAGAGACACGGUCUCCCAAGCCUCCUAUUAG